CCCGCCGCAGCGACACUACCACCGAGAUCGGCCCAGCUACGCAGAGAAAGGCCGCCCCGAGCCCGCCGCCGCCCCGCCCGACAUUGUGACUGAUGAGAUUUAAAGGCCAUGGAUGAAGAUGGACUUGAGCUACAGCCACAUGAUCCACAUGGAUUUUUUGAUCCUACAGGAGCUGAUGGAACACAUUUGAAUGGAAAUGAAAUUGUCGUUGAAAUACAGGAAACUGUAUAUGUAUCAGAUGUGGAGGAUUCUGAUAUAACUGUUCAUAACUUUGUCCCUGAUGAUCCAGAUUCUGUAGUAAUCCAAGAUGUCAUUGAGGAUGUUGUUAUAGAAGAUGUUCAGUGUCCAGAUAUCUUGGAAGAUGCAGAUAUAUCUCAAACUGUUAUUAUACCUGAACCAGUGCUGGACACUGAUGUUACUGAAGAAGUGUCUUUAGCACACUGCACUGUUCCAGAAGAAGUUUUAUCUUCUGAGAUCACAGCUUCAGCAAUGUCGAUACCUGAACAUGUACUCACAAAUGAGUCAAUGCACGUACCUGACGUUGGACAUAUGGAACAUGUAGUUCAUGAUCAUAAUAAUGUUGUAGAAGCAGAAAUUGUCACAGGUUCUCUGGGAGAGGAUGUCGUUUCAGAAGUGUUGGUAGCAGACUGUGCUUCUGAAGCUGUAAUUGAUGCCAGUGGAAUACCUAUGGAACAUGGUGACAACAAGGGCAACUGUGAAGACUAUCUGAUGAUUUCUUUGGAUGAUGCUGUCAAGACUGAAACAGACAAUUCUGUUGACAUUAAAUCUGAGUCGGAAGGUGAUCCAUGUAAAAUGGAUGGCUUUUGCCCAGAAGUUAUCAAAGUCUAUAUUUUCAAAGCUGAUCCUGGAGAAGAUGAUAUAGGAGGCACAGUAGACAUUGUGGAAAGUGAAUCUGAAAAUGACCAUGGAGACACAUUAAUUAGUCAAAAUAGCAGUGUUCGCAUUCCAAGGGAAAAAAUGGUUUAUAUGACAGUAAAUGAUUCUCAGCAUGAAGAUGAAGAUUUAAAUGUUGCAGAAAUUGCUGAUGAGGUGUAUAUGGAAGUGAUCGUAGGAGAGGAAGACGCAGCAGCUGCUCAUGAGCAGCAAAUUGAUGACAAUGAAAUCAAAAGCUUUAUGCCAAUAGCUUGGGCAGCAGCUUAUGGUAAUAACACUGAUGCAGUUGAAAACCGCAAUGGAACUGCGAGCGCUCUCUUGCACAUAGAUGAGUCUACUGGUCUCGGGAGACUAGCAAAACAAAAACCAAAAAAGAGGAGGAGACUGGAAUCCAGACAAUACCAAACGGCAAUAAUAAUUGGGCCUGAUGGCCAUCCUUUGACAGUCUACCCCUGUAUGAUUUGUGGGAAGAAGUUUAAAUCCAGGGGCUUCUUGAAAAGGCACAUGAAAAACCACCCAGAGCACCUUCUUGUGAAGAAAAAAUAUCGAUGCACUGAUUGUGAUUACACUACAAAUAAAAAAUUAAGUUUGCAUAACCAUCUAGAGAGCCACAAGCUUACCACCAAGACAGAGAAGCUAAUUGAAUGUGAUGAAUGUGGGAAAAGCUUCUCUCAUGCAGGAGCUUUGUUUACACACAAGAUGGUGCACAGGGACAAGGCAGCAAACAAAAUGCACAAAUGCAAAUUCUGCGAGUAUGAAACAGCAGAGCAGGGAUUACUGAAUCGUCACCUUCUGGCUGUGCAUAGUAAGAACUUUCCCCAUAUUUGUGUGGAAUGUGGCAAAGGAUUUCGGCAUCCAUCAGAGCUCAAGAAACACAUGCGAAUCCACACUGGGGAAAAACCCUAUCAGUGCCAAUAUUGUGAGUAUAGGUCUGCCGACUCUUCCAACCUGAAAACUCAUGUAAAGACUAGACACAGUAAGGAAAUGCCCUUCAAGUGUGACAUUUGUUUUCAAAUAUUUUCAGAUACCAAAGAGCUGCAACAGCACAUCCUUAUGCAUCAAGAAAGCAAAACACAUCAGUGUCUGCACUGUGACCACAAAAGCUCAAAUUCAAGUGAUUUAAAGAGACACAUAAUUUCCGUUCACACAAAGGACUACCCCCACAAGUGUGAGAUGUGUGAUAAAGGCUUUCACAGGCCAUCGGAACUAAAAAAACAUGUUGCAGUGCACAAAGGCAAAAAAUUACAUCAGUGCAGACAUUGUGACUUUAAGAUUGCUGAUCCGUUUGUUCUAAGCCGCCAUAUUCUCUCAGUUCAUACGAAGGAUCUUCCGUUCAGAUGCAAAAGAUGUAAGAAAGGGUUCAAGCUACAAAUGGAACUAAAAAAACACAUGAAAACACACAGUGGUAGAAAAGUUUAUCAGUGUGAGUACUGUGAGUAUAGCACUACAGAUGCCUCAGGUUUCAAACGGCAUGUUAUUUCCAUUCAUACAAAAGACUACCCUCACCGUUGUGACUUCUGCAAGAAAGGUUUUCGAAGACCUUCAGAAAAGAACCAACACAUUCUACGGCACCAUAAAGAUAUUGGGCUGCCAUGAGGACUCUUUUAGAUGUUAUGGAUUUGGGAAAAGGUGCGUGUAAAAGAUAUGCUUUCUAGGCAGUCAUUGUAUUUUAAAUCAGAUCACACAAACAAAAUAUUGUGCAUUUGAUUUAGUGCUGUAUACAGAUAGGAUUAUUGCUUCUAGUUGACUUUUAUACAUUUUGUUCAUUAGUGUGUUCUGAAUUCUCUUCCAUUUGUUUAAUAAAUGAGGAAGGAUAGCAACAAUAAAGUUGCAUUUAAUAAAGUAAACUCUGUCUCAAACUGAAUUUUUCAACUACAUUAGUUCUCUGAAAUAUUUACCUUACUGACAUGGUUCAUAUUCAUUGACCAUACUAACUCAGUUUUGUCAUGACUUAAAGAGAGAUUUUUAAUUUGCUCUUAAUAAAGAUGUCAUAGAGAGGGCUGUAUAAAACAACCUGGGGGAAAUUAAUGUCAAAAUAUAGCAUUGUACCAUAGGACCCACUUAAUUGUCUCGGUAUUUAAGGAACUUGUGACACAAUAUUCAUUUGAGUAGUUACUCAGUACUAUUUUCCAUUAUUUGAGGUUCUUUUUAAUGUAGUGUUUAAUACUUCCAUAAUAAGUAAGAAAUACAUUGGUUACUGGGAGCAUUUCUUUUCAAUAGGUGUGAAUUUUAAAGGAAAACUUGCACUUGUUCAUAAGUAUUAAUUAUCUGCUUCUCUGCCUUUUGGUUCUGUAUUACAAAUGUAUUUGUGUUUUGAAACGCAUUGUUUCAAUUGUUGACAGGAUAAAUUACUCAACUGACUGUUGCUAAGUUUACCCCAAAUUAAAUGCAAUUUUAUUAGAAAACUCCAACUGUAUGAAAUAUUUUGUCCUGUCACAUUUUUAACAAUCUACCAGCAGCCUUGGAAAACUUUAAAAGAUUAUACACUAUUUAGAGAGAUUGGAUGGAGGAGUAAAGAAUAAAAGCAAGUGUGAUUUUCUGAAGCAUUUAUUUUCCUGCAACUUCUAUGUUUUCUCUGAUGCUCUUUUAGGAACUGGGAGCUUUUCUUACCAGAAUAAGCUCAGAAAGAAGGCGUAGUCCUUUAAACCAAUGGUUUAAAAAGCAGUGAGUUUCUAAAAUUUAUACAGCUCGUCUUCUCUGUUUAAACACUUCUGGAAAGAUGAUGGAAUGACCACCUAUGCAGUCUGCCUCAUGGCAAACAAGGACUCUAUGUACUUUAAAACUUCAGUAAAGAAACAACCAGUAAUUCCGAAGCUUGUUGUAAGGGAUUUCACCUUUCUGGUGAUAUACAUGUACCAUGUUUGUUGCUUUAAAAGAGGAAAGUGCUAUGCUUGCUUGCUUCUUCCCCAUCCCACUGCUUUGGUCCCAAAAGUGCUCUGGUCCCAAAUGUACUGAAAGUGAUGAGCAAGUUUCAUCUGAGCAGUUUUUGCAUCAUACCUUCCUUAUUUCUCCCCUUUCAUUUUCUUUAAUCAGAAACUUGAUAUCCCAAGGAAUCAGGUUUAUAUCCUAUGGUAUGUGGCCAGAAAUAAUGUCUCUACAUUCCUUCAGAAAUUCCAGUGUUCCCUGUUUGAUUGGUUUUGUUUAAUAGAGAAGUAGAAUUACUAUAUGAGAAAGUCAUAUGUGAACAUAAAAGUUUGAUGUUUACUUAAACAUCUAGUUUUAUACAAAUCUAAGGCUGUCGGAUUUAAGUGGAGCAAUAUUUGUUUCUGAUCUUUUAACGUCUGUGGACUAUUGCAUGUUCACCAAACUCCUGGAAAAAAUGGUGGAAAACCAUGCUAGUUGAGCAUCCUCAUGAGCUUUGAUCUAGCGGUUUUCUUGUGCGCAUGGCCAUGGACCAUUCCUUGAUAUUGUAGUAAAGUAAGCUCUUGUGGAGUUGUGUGGAACCCUGUAAAAAUUUUGGGAUUGUGGUGACUAUUGCAGGGUUAAGGUCUUGCCUUCUCCUAAAAGCACUUGUGCUCACUAACACACGUGUUUUCAGGAUCCAGCAGUUAGCCUAUGAAAUGUAGGUACCUCAUUUUUCUUUGAAGUCUUGCCCAAAUAUCUAAACAAUCUUUACAUAUAAAUGAUUUUCAAACCUACUAAAAUCUAUUCAACCUCAGAUUCCCAGUCUGCUACUGAAACGUAUUACUCUUAUUGAAAAAUAUUAUUAUAAAUUUUGGAACAAUCAUUAAGAUUAAGAACACAAAAGCGUGGCCCACUUUCUAUUUCUCUUAGCAUCUGGAAUCAUAAACCCUUGGUUUGAAGAAUACUUUUGGAAAUUUAAAAAAGCAAUUAAGCAUUUAGUCAAGUGGAUUUUGUACAAUUUUCUGUAUAAAGAGCAAAUAAAAACUAGUUAUUGUUAAUGUACUGAUAUUAGUUACAGGCUAGUUUUAUUUGAUUAGCAAAUGCUAUAAAAUUGAUGUUUCAGUUCCAUGUUUUAAACGGUACAUUUUUUAAAAAAAACAACCAACAAGAACAUAAUAUAAAUAAUUGUUCUGUAAAAAUGCUUGUUAAAUACUCUUAUGUCCCUCCCUGUGUACACUUUGUAAAAAGAAAGAAGAAACAAAUUACAUAGACUCAUAUAUAGGGAUGUGUGACGUUGUAAUGUGUACUUGAUAAUGUGAAAAAAAUAAAAAUCAGAUUAUUUUCCUGUUAA